CUUCCAUGAAACAAGUCACAUCGGAUGAAAUAUCCAAAGUUCUCAAAUAUGGUGAAUUGAUUCCACAAAUGGAAAGUGCGCUUCGCAAAAUUUCAUCUGCAUCAGAUUAUGGUAUAGAUCAGCCAGUUCGUUCGGUUGUUAGAAUCAAACCUCAAGAAGCUGCCUUAGGGAUUAUGCCAGUGUACUGCCAAGAUGAUGAAAUUUUAGUAACAAAGUUGAUUUCAUACUUUCCAAAUAAUAAGAUUCAUCCAUCACAUCAUGCAUUGAUCAUAGCAUUCAACAGCCAAAAUGGUGUCCCAAUUGCAAUUUUAGAUGCAGAUGUUUUAACAGAAAUGAGAACAGCUGCAGCAUCUGCUGUUGCAUCCAAGUAUUUAGCCAAACCUGAUUCAAAGAUAAUGGCCAUAAUUGGUUCUGGAGUUCAAGCAAAAUCACAUUAUUAUGCCUUAAGUGAGAUCUUUCAGUUCACUGAGGUUCGAGUAUAUAGUAGAAAUACUCAAACAGCAGAAAGAUUAUGUAAAGAAAUUAAGGGUGUAUUAUGUACAAGUGUAAAGGAAGCAGUAAAAGAUGCUGAUAUCAUCACCACGGUAACAUCAUCUACUAAACCCAUACUUCAACAGGAUUGGAUCAAACCUGGUGUACAUAUUAAUGCUGUAGGUGCUUGUUUACCAGAUUCUCAAGAAAUAAGUAGUGAAAUAAUGCAAUCUGCUGUUGUUUAUGUUGACAAUAGAGAAGCAGCUUUGAAGGAGAGUGGAGAUGUUAUUCUGGGAAAGGCUGAGAUAUAUGCUGAAAUAGGAGAAGUUAUAGCUGGAAGUAAAGAAAGUAAGACGUCUGAAACAACUGUAUUUAAAUCAUUGGGAUUAGCUAUAGAAGAUGCUGUGUCAGUUAAACUGAUAUUAGAAAAGCUGACUUGAAGAUACAAAAUGGUUCACUCUUGAAGAUAAGAAUAUCAAAAGAAAUAAAGAUAUGCUGAUUUGCAAUUUGAAAAAUAAAAACAAAACCCUGAAACAUGGAAAAGUGCAAUUAUGUAUAUUAUAAAUAGCUUUAUUUUAUGAAACUGUGAUUUGAUUUUAAUUUGAGAAAUUAAAUGUGGACCAGUU